UGCCCGCGUCCAUCACACCCGCUUACGCAGUAAAUCACUCUCAUCUCCAUCAUGCGUGAAAUCCUUUCCAUCCAUCUCGGCCAAGGCGGUAUCCAAGUCGGUAACUCUUGCUGGGAACUGUACUGCCUCGAACACGGCAUCCAACCCGAUGGGCAAAUGCCCUCGGACAAGACCAUUGGUGGUGGAGACGACGCAUUCAACACGUUUUUCAGCGAAACCGGUGCCGGCAAGCACGUCCCUCGCGCCGUCUUCGUCGAUUUGGAACCGAGCGUGUGUGACGAAGUCCGCACCGGCACGUACCGUCAAUUGUACCACCCCGAACAAAUCAUUUCCGGCAAGGAAGAUGCUGCAAACAACUACGCCCGUGGUCAUUACACCAUCGGCAAGGAAGUCGUCGAUAUUGUGUUGGACCGCAUCCGCAAGCUCGCCGACAACUGCACCGGUCUGCAAGGGUUUAUGGUGUUUAACGCGGUUGGUGGUGGUACCGGCUCCGGGUUGGGCAGUUUGCUCUUGGAACGCUUGUCUGUCGACUACGGCCGCAAGUCCAAGCUCGGAUUUACCAUCUACCCGUCUCCCCAGGUGUCCACCGCUGUCGUGGAACCAUACAACUCGGUGCUGUCCACACAUUCCCUGUUGGAGCACACGGAUGUAGCGAUCAUGUUGGACAACGAAGCCAUCUAUGACAUUUGCAAGCGCUCCUUGGACAUUGACCGCCCUAGCUACACCAACUUGAACCGUUUGAUCGCGCAAGUGAUCUCGUCAUUGACGACGUCGCUCCGCUUCGACGGGUCGCUCAACGUGGACGUGACCGAGUUCCAGACCAACUUGGUGCCGUACCCGCGCAUCCACUUUAUGCUGUCGUCGUACGCGCCGGUGAUCUCGGCCGAGAAGGCGUACCACGAGCAGUUGUCGGUGGCGGAGAUCACCAACAGCUGCUUCGAGCCGGCGUCCAUGAUGGCCAAGUGCGACCCGCGCCACGGUAAGUACAUGGCGGCGUGCCUCAUGUACCGCGGCGACGUGGUGCCCAAGGACGUGAACGCGGCCGUGGCGACCAUCAAGACGAAGCGCACGAUCCAGUUUGUGGACUGGUGCCCCACGGGGUUCAAGUGCGGGAUCAACUACCAGCCGCCGACGGUCGUGCCCGGCGGCGACUUGGCCCGUGUCCAGCGCGCGGUGGCCAUGAUCUCCAACACGAGCGCGAUCGCCGAAGUGUUUUCGCGCAUCGACCACAAGUUCGACUUGAUGUACGCCAAGCGCGCGUUCGUGCACUGGUAUGUGGGCGAAGGCAUGGAAGAAGGCGAGUUUUCCGAAGCGCGUGAAGACUUGGCCGCGUUGGAGAAGGAUUACGAAGAAGUGAGCGCCGAAACGCAAGAAGGCGAUGGCGAAGACAUGGAAUACGGCGAAGAAUACUAAGCGAUGACGCUGAUCAAAGUAGUUGAUGUCCCUAAUACACUCAACUUUGCUUGUUUGAAUCCA